AAGAGCACCACAGAGGUCAUGGCUGACAAGAGACUAAAGGAAAAAAGGAAAAUAUUUGUUAACUCAGUAUCGGAGGACACAGUUGACAACUUGCUGGAUGACUUACUAAGUGAAAAGGUGCUGAACCAAGAGGAGAUUGAAAUAGUGAAAAAGACAAAUGUUACAACUAUAGCCAAGGCCCGUGACUUGAUUGACUUUGUGAUCUGCAAAGGGUCCCGUGUUAGCCAAAUAUUUAUUGACUAUAUCUGCAAGAGAGAUUCCACCCUUGCUUACAAGUUGGAAUUUUCUUCAGCCUUUCCAGAAACUCUUUCUAGAAGAACAGAGUCAGCAUCCACAGAACCCAUAGGCAAACUCAAGCUUUGUCCUCGUGAAAAAUUCCUGGAAAUACGCAAAACGGACGCUGGAAUGAUUUAUCCAAUAAGAAAGAAGGGGGACCGCACUCGUCUAGCCCUCAUCAUCUGUAACACAGAUUUUGACCACUUCCCAAGGCGUAAUGGGUUCAACCAUGACAUUAUUGGGAUGAAGGGGCUGCUUGAGGACCUGGACUACAGUGUGCAUGUGGAAGAGAACCUCACAGCCAGGGCCAUGGAGUUGGUGCUAAGGACAUUUGCCACCCGCCCAGAGCGUGAGUCCUCGGAUAGCACAUUCUUGGUGUUAAUGUCUCAUGGCAUCCUGGAUAGAAUCUGUGGGACUAUGCACAGUGAUGAAAAGCCAGAUGUGCUAUCUUAUGACACCAUAUUCCAGAUUUUCAACAAUCGAAACUGCUCCUAUCUUAAGGAUAAACCCAAGGUCAUCAUCAUCCAGGCCUGCAGAGGUGCAAACAGUGGAGAACUGUGGGUCAGUGACUCUCCAGCAGCCUCAGCAGACAGCUCUGCACAGUCUCCAGAGGAUGUACAGGAUGAUGGUGUUCGCAAGGCCCACGUGGAGAAAGAUUUCGUUGCUUUCUGCUCCUCAACCCCACAUAAUGUUUCUUGGAGAAGUGCACGUGGUUCUCUCUUCAUUACACAACUCAUAAAUUAUGUUCAAAAAUAUUCUUGGUGCUGUCACCUAACAGAAAUAUUUAUGAGGGUUCAACGAUCAUUUGAAGAACCAGGUGUUAAAGCCCAGAUGCCUUCACUUGAAAGACAAACAAUGACCAGACAUUUUUACCUCUUUCCAGGCAAUUAAAAUUAAUAAGUACCUACAGAUGAUGUUAGCAAAUCAAGAAAUCGACAAUACCAGGGGACAGAGUGGGGUAAUAGUUUGUGCUCAAAUGGACUACACAAUAUUUUUUAUUUAUUGUUUUAUUCUUGCCUUCUUCUAAUAUCCAUCAAAAAGAAAAUUUUGUCUUUUGGCCAUGGACUAGUAACUGAUAUUAUCAUUAUCUUUCUGCCAUAAAUAUUUCAAAAAGUACGCAAAGAAUUUGGUACAGCUAUUUUCAUAUAUUGGACAACAGGAAGUGCAGGACCGCUUUUACUAAGAGAAGAGAAACAAAUAAGGUAAACCCUAAAAUUAUGCCUCUGCCAUUCAUGGUUUUAUGCCAAAACAAAAUUUCUGGUAUACAGUGCAGGAAGGGAUAACAAGCAAAAUGUGGCAGUCUCAUUGAGUCAGGAAACAGAGAUCAGAAUUCAGGGAUGUUGAGGCAGCUGAAAUGUGAAGGAUUGAAUUCCGGAGGUGAGGGAGAUAUACAGAGAAAGCACUCCAAAUAGCUAUAGAGUGGUCCUCUUGAGUCAUUGGCUGAAUAUUUCAUUCUCCAAUGAGAGGGGUUUGCCAAUCUCUUUUUCAAGAGUUCAUAAUAUCUUCCUCGCUCUGGUGUCUGUCUGCAGUACUGCAGGUUCUGUGGUGCUGCAACAAACAACCUGAGUUCUUCUUUCUUUUCAGUGGCCCUAAAGCAUUCCAAGUUUGCUGCUUUCCUAUCAGUGCUCUGAAUCAGGUGAGACAGAAACCCCUACCUUGAACAACUCCCAAAAAGCCAUGAUAUUAGAUGUACAUUCCGCUCUUCUCUUUCCCUCCUGAGCAAGAAGCUUCAGGUUGGGUGUUUUCUGCCUAUCAUGCUGAGUUGUGCCGGCUUGGGGAAAGGGCUAUCACACUGAAAUGCAACAGCUUUCCUUACUUGUUUCAAUGCAGUUGUUCUCAGCUUUGUGCUUCCCUGGGAUUUUAUGACUUUUUAACUGGCUUCUGGAGAUCUCAGAAAGGCUUUGUGGUAUCAAUAGCUGUCGUUGACAACUUAUAUAAAAGACUACAGUAGAAGAUGCACUUUAAGGUAAAUUGGGUCCUAAUGUACCGCUAGUAUUAUGGUGAUGAUUACAUUUAACUGAUUUUGUUUUCUUGUGUUCUCCUGAUAUCAGUUUUUUUAAAACACAUCAAAGCAAGGAUGUUUCCUGUAAUGAAAAGGGCAAUACUUUCAAAUAGUUAUUUAUUCAUUCAUACUCAUGUGACAAGCCCACACACAUUGUUAUCUAGCAGUGGGAAUGAUCAGAUCCUGAUUCAGCAGAGAUUGCCAACCACAGAGGAACCAGGUCUUUGAUCAACGGAAUGCAUAAAUAUCUUAACUCUGAUCUGAAAUCAUCAUGAGGUAUCCAAGGAUAUAUCUAAUAUUGACAGUGGUUUGAUAAUUUCCCUAUUCAAAUUCGUUCUUCUAUUGCGGACCACAGGCAGUUGAAAUCUUACUUCAUGCACUAACUUACUGUUCAGAUACUUCUUCAAUUUCUCACACUAACAGCCAACACUCUCUGUGGUCAAAAUCUUUUUGAAUAUGCACAACGGUUUCAGUCAACAAUUCCUGUAUUCAUAUCAAUAAUAGUCAUUGUAUCUUGGAAACGUUCAUACAUUUUAUUUAAUUUUUAGUCACCAACACCCUUAAAAUUUAUGCUCUGAAAAUAACUCAGUAUCAUAAUUACUAAGACACCUAAUUUUUGACUCCUAGUAUCUGUCAUCAAUCACUCAAUCACAGAAAUUAUCAUUCCAGCAGAACAGCUGUUACCACUUACGUCAAUUUGUUGACCAUUCCUAGUCAUUUGAGGAUCAUGUUGCUGCAAAUGUCUCUUUACAAUUUCUUACCAUUCUUGAACAAAAAAGAGACAUUUGGUGAUUGGAGACUAAUACUGUACACGAUGAAGCUGUUGUUACUUCAGGAAAUGGCUUAAGGUAUCUUUUGCCAAACAUUCCUUUAUCCCUCUUUUCUGCAAGAAAGGACAGACAGUCCAGCCUUCUGUACUAGAAGCAAACUUGCCAGUCCCCCCAAGUUUAUGUUAUUUCUUGCUGUA